AUGCAGGCUGGCGCUGCCCAGAAUGUAAAAAAAAACCUCGUCAGGGACAAUAGGGUGGAAACUCCGGUCAGAGGUCAUGUGAAAAGCCCCCCUCGUGCUAGUAGCAGCCCUAUAGGACAUACGGACGUGGGGCCGACGUCACCUAAUAACACGAUUGUUAGCUGCUCUAGUCCUUUACCAGAGAUCUGCGACCAACCAUCUGCGCACCUAUCGUUUGCACCUGCUCCGGAACUUACUGAUGCGGGAGAGAUUAAGGCACAGAAAAUCGCACCUAUUUCCGGCUCCGACUUGAAUUUACUCAUUGAGGAGUUGAGGGCGAUGCGCGCAGAGAUUUCAGAGUUCCGCAAGACAAUGUUAGCGGAGAUCAUGGACAUAAAGCUGACUACGAAUACCUGCAAUACCCGUAUUGACGGCCUGGAGACCAGAAUAAAUGCACUUGAGCAGCAGCGGGCGACUACUACACAAUCAUCGGUGGAGGGGAUCGUGGAAGAGUUAAGGAGGGAACUGAACGACCGGGAUCAGGACCUUCUGGGGAAUGAUAUUGAGAUCACUAAUAUCCCUGAAGGUACAGCUGAUAACCCGGUUCACAUCACCAAGGUCAUAGGCCUCAAGUUGGGAAUUGAGCUGGGCGAGCGGGACAUCGUCAGUGCGGAGCGAGUGGGAGGUAAGCAGCUCAACGCCAUAAGCUCUGCCGGUUCGGCAGUGAAGCGGCCGCGCGCCAUUGUUGUGCGCCUGGCGCGACGCGACCUGCGCGACGAACUGCUGGCGAGCGCACGCGUUCGCCGUGGCGCGACGACCGCUGACCUCGACAUGUCUGGCCCGCCGCAGCGCUUCUUCCUUAACGAACGCCUCACAAAGACCAAUCGUCGGUUGUUUCGGAUGGCGCGAGAUGCUGCUAGCGUCUCCAAUUGGAGAUUUGUUUGGACCAAGCGAGGCCGCAUACUGGCUAGGAAGGGCCCAGGCGACUCCACGCAUAGAAUCCGCACCGACGAGGACAUCGAUAGGAUUUUUGGACCUGUCAAUCAAACAGCUUAA